GCUACCGGCGAGUGUGCGCCAGGGCUCCGGACACCGUCGGCGACUCACCGCCGCAGCAGCCUCGACGAGAAAGGCUGCGGACCCGCCAGCGCCAUGCGCACCCUCACUGGCCUGCGGUGUCCCCGGGCGCCCCGGCUGCACUUCCUCUUGUGCCUCCUCCUUGCAGCGCACUCGAGCUUGGCGGACAGCGAGCCUACAGAUUCAACUUUUACAAGUCUACCUGUAAGAGAAGAAAUGAUGGCAAAGUACUCUAAUCUUUCCUUGGAGAGUCAUAACAUAUCACUGACUGAACAAUCCAGCAUGCUGAUGGAAAAAAAUAUCACUUUAGAAAGGCCUUGUAAUGUAGAGCUCACAUGCCAGUUCACAACAUCUGGGGAUGUGAAUUCAGUAAACGUGACCUGGAGAAAAGGGAAUGAGCCACUUGAGGAUCAUCUCAUCAGUACCAAGGGACACAUGCUGUCUACUCAGUACAUGUUCACCAUUGUUAACAGCAAACAAAUGGGAAGUUAUUCUUGUUUCUUUGAAGAUGAAAAGGUACAUAGGGGAACAUUUAAUAUCAAAGUCCCUGAACUUCAUAGAAAAAACAAGCCAUUGGUCACUUAUGUGGGGGAUUCUACCGUGUUGUCAUGUAAAUGUCAAGAUUGCUCUCCUUUGAAUUGGAGCUGGUACAGCAGUAAUGGGAGCAUGCAGGUUCCUGUUGAUAUUCAAAUGAAUGAUAAGUAUAUGAUGAAUGGAACACACGCUAAUGAAACAAGGCUCAAGAUAAUGCAUCUUUCAGAAGAAGAUGGGGGAUCCUACUGGUGCCGGGCACUAUUCCACCUGGGCGAGAGUGAAGAACACAUCGAACUUGUCGUGCUGAGCUUUUGGGUGCCUCUCAAACCAUUUCUUGCAAUAAUUGCUGAGGUUGUUCUUUUAGUGGCCAUUAUUCUGCUUUGUGAAAUGUACACACAAAAGAAAAGGAAGCAACCAGAUGAAGGGAAAGAAUUUGAACAAAUCGAACAGUUGAAAUUAGAUGAUAGCAAUGGUAUAGAAAAUAAUGCACCAAGGCACAGAAAAAGUGAACCUGUGGGCCAAUGAAGGGGAAACAUCAUAUUAAGAAUCAUGGGAUGAUGUACCACGUGAUUGUAUUUCACCUUGUUUGUCCUUCCUGUUUAAAGCAUCUGAGUUUUUAUUUUUAAAAGGGUGAAAAUUUAUGCAACAUGUACAAAAGAUCAUAAAUAACAUACGCUGUCUCUUGUCUAAGGACCUAUUUUCAUUCUGUAAUUGUUUUACGUUAGAGCAAAGUGAAUUGAAUUAAAUACAUUCUACAAACUAUCAUCCAGGAUAAUUAAUUUCAUCCUGGUCAUAGCGGGACACACAAAACUGACACCAGCAAAAUCAGCUAAUUGUUCAUAUAACAAGAGUCACUCAAGACCUGUUUAUAACCAAAGAAUUAGUUAAAGAGAGAUUCUUUGUCAUUUAUCUUAAAGAUUUUUCCGAUCACGCCUACUAUGUAUAGAUGUGUUUGUAACAGUUCUCAUGUAGUUUAUUCUUCUGUGAUACUGAAAAAAAUGUCUUCCGCAGGAAAUGUAUACUUUCUGCUUUUGCUUGUGGUGGUUACUCUUCAUUGUCUACAAGAGUGAGUCUUUAUCCAUAAAUAUUGACCAGGACAAGGAAAUAAAACCUCACAGUUGCCCCAAAGCUCUGUCACUACAAAAGCAAAUCUCCAAUCUUUAUUCCACUCAUCUCCACUGCUUUCCUACAUGAAACUGAAGUGCUUCUUAAAGUCAAGCAUUUGUUUUUAAGCCAUGAGUUUUGUACUUCUUAAGGUAGACCUGGUAUUGAUAUUUUAAGGUAUAAGUGCCAUGUAGCCAUAAUGCAACUGCUAUAUUGAUGCUUUUGUGGUUCAUGGUGUUUUACUGUCUUUGAUUUGAUAUCUGAUUUCCUGGUAUGCAUCACUGUUUAAAUAGCUACAAAUGAAUUAUUGGUGCUUCACAAUAAUAAUUACUUGGAAAUCCAGAAGUACUGAAGUACUCCUUUUAUUUUGUUCUGAAUGCCUUAGACUUACCUUAAAAACAUAGGGUAUUUAAUUUCUGUUGCAUAUAUAACUGAAAUCUUUGAUAAACACACUAUAACCAAAUCAAAUUAAAUCUUAAUAGACUUGAAAAACUGUCAGCUUUGAAUGAAAUAUUAAAAUCAUGCUUCAGGAUAUUAGGUUAGGCCUGAGAUCAUGAUGCGGCACUUGCUGGGUGUCUUUGGUGUUUGGUGCUUCAGUGUCCCGCUGUGCACAGGGUAGCAGCUUAAAGUAACAACAAUCAGAAGACUGUAGAGCUUGGAAUGGUGGUGAAGCAGCCACAGUUCUUAGUGACUAUGAGAUUAAAGCUUGCAGAAGAGGAAUUCAAUGAUUGAAAGAAAAAAUUGUAUGUAAAUGUAUACUAUGUAUUGGCUAAGAAAAUUAUAGGCCGGCACCGUGGCUCACUUGGCUAAUCCUCUGCCUGCGGCACAGGCACCCCGGAUUCAAGUCCUGGUUGGGGCGCCGGAUUCUGUCCCGGUUGCUCCUCUUCCAGUCCUGCUCUCUGCUGUGGCUCGGGAGUGCAGUGGAGGAUGGCCUAAGUGCUUGGGCCCUGCACCCGCAUGGGAGACCAGGAGGAGGUGCGUGGCUCCUGGUUCGGAUCAGUCGCGGCGCACCGGCCAUGACGGCCUUUUGGGGGGUGAACCAACGGAAGGAAGACCUUUUUCUCUGUCUCUUUAACUCUGCCUGUCAAAAAAAUUAUAAUAAAGUUCCAAUAAUAAAAAUUAUAUGACCUCUUAAAUGAUGUUCACAUUACUGCUAAUAUGAAUAAUACACAUAGGUGGUGACUUGGAGCUACCCAUUAUUUUGUUGCUCUAAAAAAUGUAAUAUUUUGUUGUAAAGUAUGUUAAUUACAUAUGUUUAAAAAUUUAUUUUAUUUAUUUGAAGGGUGGAUUAACAAAAAGAAAGGGAGAGACAGAGAGACAAAAGGAUCUUCCAUCCCCUGGUUUACUCCACAAAUGACUGCAAUGACCCAGGGCUGGGCCCGGCCAAAGCCAGGAGCCUGGGGCUUCAUCUAGUUCUCCCACAUGGGUGGCAGUGUGCAAGUACUUGAGCUAUUUCUGCUUUGCUUUCCCAGAGCAUUAGCAGAGAGACGGAUCCGAAGCAGACUGGCUGGGACGUGAAUCAAUGCUCCAAUACAAGACAUACCUGAGUUUUAUUUCUCUUUUUAAAAUUUCUAAACAUUUAGUUAGUUUUUAACAAUUCAAUAUAGUUUGUGGAUACAAUUCUAAGAAUAUAAUGAUAUUCUCUUCCUCCUCCCUCCCUCCCCCUCUUUUUCUUUCUCCCUUCCUUGGCUUGCCUUUCUUUUUAUAUUGUUUUGAGAUAACAUAUUUUAAACUUGCAUUAGAGUAGAAGGCUUAGCAUACUUAAGUUUAUUCUUUGCCCUCAGUGCUAUGAUUUUAUUGUGGUUUAAUUCAUGUUAGCUUAACAAAAUUACCCUGAGUGCUACCUAUAUGGUAGUUUGCAACCAGUUAGCUUAAUUAAUCCAAGCAUGUUAAAUUCAGUGAAAAAUUAGUCAGACCUACUCUUUGACUAAGAUGCAAAACCAUAACCAAUAUGCAGCUCAUUUGCAGAAUGAAUCCUUGCAUUUUUCUGCCAUGGUUGUUUAGGCUAAAAUAGUUUUAAAGCAAGAAAAAUUGGUGUCCAAAGGUAAAAUAAUAUGAAAUAUUUAUGUAGUAAAUUGAAUUUUUAAGUGGCACUGCUUGCUAUUUACUUUUUUUUUCUAGCAAAAACAAUUUAUCUAAGUAAGUUUAAGCAGAAAACAAAUUCUCAAAAAUUAAGAUGACUUUUGGCUCUUAACAAUCUCCUUGGAAGACUUCUAAAAAAUUAUUUCACCACUGUUAGGCUAAAAUGAAAUGCUUCCCUUAAAUAAACUCAUGGAGAUGGUGAGUGGAAUAACUAAUAAUUACCAACUGUGGAUCAAUUGCAGAUUUUAAGCAGCAGGAAAGCUGAACGAGGAAAACGACUCCAAGUUUAUGUAUUACACAUCUCAGGAAAUCCUGUUAAUCUUUCCAGCCAGUGGUUUUCUCAGCAUACUAAGUAGAUUUCAUGAUGUCCUUUGUGUAAUAAAUCUUUUUAAAAAGUCAUAUGAUUCCCAGAUACUUUCAGAUUCAGUAUAUACUAAAACGUAAAUCGUCUCCCUUUGCAAUCUUUGUUUUCGACCAGCAUCUGGUUACUCAGGCCCACACCCCGAUCUCACUGUGGUAUUUUCUCCUCCUUCAUUUGCUGUUCCUUAUUGGUCAUGAAUCCCUGUUCCUUUGACCUUAACAGCUCAUGAAGUCAUUCCGUCGCCCCCCCACUGCACACUCUCCCCACCCCCCCACCCCCGCUGAACAGCUAAUGCCUUGAUUUUCCUACCUCAGUGUGCUUUUCUGUCAGUCUGUCUUGUGCAUUGCUGUCAGAGUGCUCUUCUAAAACACAAACCUCACUAUGUAACUUAAUGCAGUAGGUUCUGUGUCAAGCCUUUGUGGCCUGGCCUUUGCUCUUAUGUAAUGUUGCAGUCCUUCCAUUCGCUACCUCUCCCGAGUAUCUUAAAGUAGCCUUGCACUUGGCUUAGAAUGCUUCCCCCUGCACUUCUCCCAACUUGACUUACUCAAGGUUGCUUAAUCUGACGUCACAUCUUGGAGGCUCCCUUAUACCCAGUGUGAUAUGUACCAUCAUAUGUACCCAACUAACUUUCUGUGUAUUUGUGUUUGUUAUCCAGCAGCUAAAUAUAUUUGUGGGUCUUUUUUCUUGAAUUGUGCCUUUUAUUUCCAUGUCUUGUACCUACCACAGUGAGGAUGUAUUAGAGAUGUCAUGAAAUGCAUGAAUGAAUGAAGGCAUGCAUAAAACUCAAGUUGCACAGAUUUAUGCUUAUUUUUAGAGAUAGUCUAAAUUGUUAUAAAUCAGAAAAUAAAAAUAUUUUAACAGAAGUAAAACAAGCUCUUAUAACUUCAAUGUUGGCUCCCAUUGUUUUGAAAAACACAUGGUAAUGGAGGAAAAGAUCCAGAUUUUUAAAAAUAAUUUAUUAAUGUCUUAUGAGCAGAGGAAGUUCCAGUUUCAAAACUAUUAUACAGAGUGUGUUGCUUUCAACUUAAUUAAAUUAUACAAUUAAUUAAAUAAUACAAAUAUAAACCUUAUUUUUCAUUCUGUUUCUUACAACAUGAUUCUUUGACCUUAUAUAUAAGAAAUUUUAGAUAAUUGUAUUAUGCCCACCCAAUAUACUUUUUCAUUCCACUUCUCUUCCAGGAUUUUAUGAAACAUUACAAUAUAUUGAAUACAAUUCAAAAUGUAGUCUUUAACAAUUUUUAAAGGUCUCAUUGUUUAGUUUUAAUUACAGAAAGCACAUCUCUCAUCAGAUUCAUCACAAGAAAAAGCUAUCGGUUCUGUUUCCUUGUUCUCUACGUAGACUUUGAGGAACUUAUAUACUAUACUUCUUAAUAGAAAAAUGAAUCUUCUAUGUUUGAAAAAAAUACAUGCAAAGAAUUAGAGACUUAUUUCCUAUUAACAUUGUUCAUCUUUAGGUGGAAAAAAGUUCAAGUAUUUUUCCAGUAUUGACUAAAAGGCAUAGUUAUCUAUGCAUAGUAUGUUCUGAAUAAGUAUUUAUUAAAGGAAAGCAAAGGAGAGUGAUGUUUUCCAUUGUUUUAUAAUCUUAAAUUGCACAUAUUUAAAUACUGUUUGCUUUGGUUUUGAUUAAUACACCAUUAAUUUAUCCUUCUUUGAUAUAGAGAAAAAGAUAAUGGAACUAUGUGCAAUUCUUUCAUGUGGGAUUUAGGAAUAUAUUUGCACGGUAUCUAGAAGGGCCAGUGCAUGCCCUUUUUAUCAAGUGAGUUUUUCACUAAGAAUGUAUCAUUCUAUUCAAUAAUAAUAGUUGACAUUUGUUGACUGCAUAGUAUGAGGCAAACACUGUGCAAAUUGCUUUGAAAUGUUUUAUCUCAUUUAAUUCCCACAUCCUGCUAUACUAUAAGAAUAUUUGCUAUCUAAUUUUUUGAAUAGAUAAGGAAACAAGUGUAGAGAGAUUAAGUAAAUUAUCUGAAGCCACCCUACCUGCAAGUGUUAAGAACUGGUAUUGAAAUACAAGGAAUUUGCCUCAAGACCCAGGGGUUAACUUCCAUUUUGAACUAUUUUCUUCUGCCAGAUACACUCUUUGUAGAAAACGAGGCUAUUAGCGAUCACUAAUAAUUUUUUGUAAAAAAAAAUUUCUCUAUUUUAGCAGGCAGUUAUAACUUAAUUUCCAUGUUCCUACUCUCAAGGUUUAGGGGACACAUGCUUUGUCCGCUUGUGUCCCUGUAGUGGUGCUUUGGAAUUUGCUUUAGGAAACUUUUGUUCUUUGGCUAAUUGUAUUUAUCAGUAGUGAGGGUGACUGUAAAAUUUAUCAUCUGAACACUGAAAAUGAAAGAAGGUGCUAUUUUUAGUUCUAGUAGGACAGCAGGCAGAGACCAGACCCUGUGGUCAUAUGUUCAACCUGCAGAGAAGAACUAAGUGCUUUAUAGAUGUUUGACCCAACACAGAGCAGGAGCAUCCUCAUUGACUUUGAAAGAUAAACAGAAAUUAACUUUCAGGGAAAGAGCUGUUUUUAGAUUAUGCAGGGAAUUUCUCUUUAUUUAGUAAAUUCCAGGUGAGUCUCCCUACAGCAAAAUGCCCAAAUGAGGUAAUUUAGUAAGCUUAAAGUUUUAUUACUUUCCAAAAGUAUCUGAUAAUAUUAAGAUUUAUUGGCAUUCGGAAGUAUGAUUAAGUUACAAGAGAAGCUAGCCAAGAAAGUCAUGUUUUUGCUGGCCUAUGGAGAGAACAGGAGUAUUCUUUUGACUUGAAUAUCUUCUAAUUACUACUACUAAUGCCUAUAUGAUUGUCAAUAAGACAUGCCCCAUUAUGCAUUUGUAAUAAAAUCUGCUUAUGACAUCAGUGAGAAUCACUCAUGUAUACAUUCUAAAGUUACUUUUAAUCCCAUGGUUAAUCCUCAUUAUCCCAAAGGGAAAAAGCUAGGGACACCUGUUUAGGAUAUUUAUCUGUAUUUUAUUUUUGUGUAUAUCUAUGUUUUAAAUGUUUAUAAAAAUUAAUUUUGUUAUGUAAUUUCUGAUUUAUCUCAAUAAUUAGCACAAGUUCUUAUUUUUCUAAAGUUUGAUAAAAAUGAAAAUAUUAGAUUUAUUAUGUAAUUAGCUCUAAUGCUACUUAAUGUCACAAAAGAAUAGUACAAAAUGUGAUUAUAUUAACUAUUUUGUACCUUUUAAGACAGAAAUUUGACCAUAAGAUUUAUAUUUAUU